AUGGCGGACGAGUUCAAGCCCGGCCGGCUCAGACUGAAGGGUGUGGACACCGGUCGGGUCGAGAAGAAAAAGAAGAAGAAGGCGUUGAAGAAAGAGAAGAAGGACGACGCGAAGACCCAGGACCCUGCCGAAGGUCCUGGCGACAAGCAGGGUGAGGAGGCGCCUAGCUCGCCUAAGCCUGGCCAGGAGGAGAAGGUCGAGCCUCGUCGUUAUCUGACCAAGGCUCAAAUUGAGUUCGAGAAGCGAAAGCGUGAGCGAGAGCUCGAGAAGGCCCGCCGCGGCGAAUACAAGUCGCACAAGCAGAAGGUGCAGGAGUUCAAUGAGGGGCUCAGCCGCCUGAGCGAGCACCACGACAUGUAA